CUUAGCGCGGCCCAGUUCGCCGGGGCUACCAAGCCGUACCUCGCGUAUUGACGUUGAGUUCAGUUAUUGAACUGAGACAUAACAUAAUGUAACGACAGAAAUGGCAAUGAUUGCUCUAAUCUUCGCAAUAUUCCUCGUCAAUCGAGUUAAGCCCGAGCAAAUAGGCAUAACUGCGUUGCGCGCCAUUGACGUAAAUACUUUACCAGAAGUCUCUUCUGAAGCCGUUUUUGCGUUGCAAAUCCGACAAAUUCCGACCACAUCGGAAGCGACGCCCGCGGCCUCCGCCGGAAACAAUCUGAAUGUCGUUGCCACCUCGCAGCGGCUGGAUGUAGCUGGGAAUUUCAUACCAAUCUCCACAAUUUACUCGUUUCAACAUAAGAAAGCUUCAAAUGAAAAAUAUGAUGGCAAAGGAAACGUUGAUUUACUUAUAUCUUCUGAUGAAAGCGCGAAAAAUAAACAGGAAAAUUCCUUUGCAAAUUCCUACAGUGAGAAUGUGCGAUCUUUGCCUUUAGUUUGGGACAACUGCUUAGAAACAACUUAUAAGGAAAGUCAAAGGAAUUUGUUUGAACUUCAUAACGACAUGGAAACAGCCCAUCACGAUAUGCCGGUGAAAGAUAAUAAUAACAAAGGCAAUUUUAAUAUUUGGAGCAAAAGAAAUACGAAUGAGAAUAAUACAACAGCGAUGAGAGCGUGGUUGGACAAAUAUAACGCCUUGAAAAAUGCAAAUUUUGGAGAGAGACGUCAACCACUACCAGAUUCCGCCCUAAUAAGGAAACUCUCGACGUUGUCACCCACAACUCCUUCAACAACUUUACAAAUAGUACCAAUAACGAGGGAAGUAUUCAAGGAAGACACGGAAGAUAUUUUUGUGGAAUUUGUAACAGAUAAAAAUAUAAGUGUGGAAAACACGGCUUACACCGAAGAUUGGUUUGCGGCAAAGGACAAAACUAAAAUAAAAUUUAGUGGACAGCCUCAAAGAGAAACUUAUUUGAUACCGACACUGAAAUUGGACAAAGGAUUUCAUCCUUUCGGCUUCAUGUCCGAGUUUUUUUCUUUGAUAUAUCCAUUUGAAUUUCCAGUUGGCCUUCUUCAGGACGUAGUAUGGGGAAAGUUUAAUUUUCCCUACUCAUUUCUACAGUCAAUCAAAAUAGAAUCAACGUUCCUGGGUUUCGUUGUAGUGUUCGCCUGCAUGGCACUGGUGAUACCUUCAUACCUUAUCGUACUUGGCAUCCUGUCACUACUAGCAGGGUCCCGGUGUAAUGAUGACACCGAAACUGGGGCUUUAUUUCCUGAAGCUGAAACAUCGAAAUGCAGUGACCGCGUCGUUAUUGUGGUGGCUUUAUUCUUUGUUUUGGUUUGUUGCAUACUAAUCUCUGGGAUGGCAGUAACCAACGAGCAAGCUCAUGAAGCAGCGAACAGCAGCAGGAACGUGGUAAAUUGCGCCUGUGCCGAUGUGGCUGCGUGGUUAGCUGCAGCUGCAAGGGAGUUACAUCAUAGUCUUGUUCCGCCUAUCGAUAUGGUCUUGCAGGCUUAUAAGGAUGAUUUGAGAAAUGUGGAAACGCUGUUAGGAGAACCUAUUCAACAGGCUAUAGCUUCGGAGAGUGGAAUUGAUUUGGUGUUUGAUUCAAUGAAUGAUAUAGUUUCAGAGACAGACGAUCUAUCUUCAAAGAUAUCAUCUCUACGUGACAUGAGUAUACGAGCUGGAGCAUUAGCAUCAGCCACAGCAGACAAAAUCAGAGACUUGGGCCGUCAGAUAGACAAUGUGAAGAAACACUGCACGUUGAAAGACGCGCCACUUUGCGACACUGUUAACACAAAUUCUUUGGAAUUAUUGUUGAAGUUUGAUUUGAUACUACAUGAGCAACAGCUAAUGGAGCUUCGUUCUUUAGGCGUAGAAAAUUUAACUCGCGCAGUGUCUAAUGCGAAGCAAGAAUUCCGUACCCUACCUAAUGCUAUUUCCACUCAAACAUCGCAAGUCAGAGAAGACAUUCUUCGUGAUAUAGAAACCCAAAGACAACAAGUCCAUAACUCCGUGCGGAUAUUGACAGACAUUGUGAGGCAUUUGAACGCUGGACUUCACUCAGUCGCCAGAAAGAUUGAAUCCGGGCUGGAGAGAGUUCAGAAGUAUGAGUUCUGGAGAUGGACUAUUAUGUUAGCGAGCAUUGUAAGUUUCGGGUUCGUGAUGGUCCUCAUUCUUCUCGGCAUGAUGUGCGGGUGUGGUAAUGCUAAAGGACACGCUAAAAGAACUUUGCAAGUAUCAUCGGGGUGGUUAUGCUUCAUCUCGCUGGCUUUAUGGAGCCUGAUUUCCGCCGCGUUCCUCAUCACAGGACACGCCGAGGUUUACGUCUGCCAUACACUAUGGGACACUCAGUACACUACACUUUCGAAUCUAUUGGACAGACCGUCCCCUCUUUUACAAGAUAAGGAAGGUAUAUUCGACGUCAUAUUCAGAGAUAUCGAAAACAUUACUAUUGAUGUCUCUGUUAAAGAUAUUUUAAGAGACUGCGAAAAAGACCAUCCAGCCUACGUAGUGUUCCAACUUGAGAAAGUUAUAGACGUUAAUAAAGAAACAUCCUACUUUGAAUGGCAAGAACUACAAACAGAUUUAGGACGACUUGCUUCUUUGAUAGAUGUUGCGUUUUUGAAAACUGUAUCUGCUUAUUUUAAUAAGCUGCUGACUCAAAUGUUGGUCGUUUCUGAUGUUAAUUUAGCUAAAUAUAGGAUGGACUACAACGGCCCCAUAGUUGGAAAAGACCUACCAUCUCUUGUGGAUCAACUCGAAAACAUUGCAGCACAAGUCACAGAUCUUACUACAGCAGGAAGAUUAGAAACUCUAGCAACCCGCUUGCAAAGACUGCACGCCACAAACAUAAAACCCCUAGAACAAUUACGUGCAGAUUUGGUAUUUAAGCUAACGGAAUUAGAACUACAAAUGAUGCCAUUCAGAAGAAAGUUAAACAUCUCAUUGAGUCACAUUCAUACCGCUCAAUUUUAUAUUGACAAUCAGGGAGACGUGAUUGCCCAUAAAAGAGUAUCGAUCUACGUGACUCGUUUAGUCUCCCACGCAGCUGGUUGGAGAACCCACGUUUUGGCAUCAACUGGAAAGCAUGCUGCGAAAUGUCGGCCACUAUUCGACGUUUACUCUGCAUUGAGAGCUCUGUUGUGCACGAACUAUGUUUCUUCUUUGCACGGGUGGUGGGUUCUUGGAUCAAUAUUAGGUCUGCUAUGGUGCACAGCGGUUGCUCCUCUAUGUGUCAAGUUAUGCCGUAUUUAUGGACGAAAGAUUAGGGCGCAGGAAGCUUUAGCACUUGCUAAUUUGGGUUCAGGGCCACAAGAAACUCCUACGACAGUAUUAUGUGGCAGUAACAACAACUGGAAUACACCGGGGCCCCCUGCUCCACCUCCACGAAGUGACAGCUGGUGAAGAAAAUUAACGAGGAACUUGAAAAUUUCGCAGAAAUGCACAAACCGCUAUGAACCUGCCUUAAUAAUUAAUACCGAUCACGUGACAUUUUUGUAAAAAAUAUUUCCAAGAAAAUGUUAUUUAGGAAAC